GACUCCCAAACUCGAGAUCCUCACUCUCUUGGAAACCCACCCAGAACCUCCACCCUCUGACACCAUGGUCAACUCCUGUUGUGGCUCCGUCUGCUCUGACCAGGGCUGUGGCUCCAGCUGCUGCCAGCCUUGCUGCCGCCCCACCUGCUGCCAGACCACCUGCUGCAGGACCACCUGCUGCCGGCCCACCUGCUGUGUGUCCAGCUGCUGCCGCCCCUCCUGCUGUGGCUCCAGCUGCUGUGGUUCCAGCUGCUGUGGCUCCAGCUGCUGCAGGCCCAGCUGCUGCAUCUCUAGCUGCUGCCGCCCCACCUGCUGCCAGACCACCUGCUGCAGGACCACCUGCUGCCGCCCCAGCUGCUGUGUGUCCAGCUGCUGCCGCCCCAGCUGCUGUGGCUCCAGCUGCUGUGGCUCCAGCUGCUGCCGCCCCUCCUGCUGCAUUUCUAGCUGCUGCCGCCCCAGCUGCUGUGGCUCCAGCUGCUGCCGCCCCUCCUGCUGCAUUUCUAGCUGCUGCCGCCCCUCUUGCUGUGGUUCCAACUGCUGUGGCUCCAGCUGCUGUGGCUCCAGCUGCUGCCGCCCCUCCUGCUGCCCCUCCUGCUGCCUGCGCCCAGUCUGUGGCCGGGUCUCCUGCCACACCACUUGCUAUCGCCCCACCUGUGUCAUCUCCACCUGCCCCCGCCCCAUGUGCUGUGCCUCGUCUUGCUGCUGAGCCCCCUUCUCUGUGACCACCAUCUCCGCCUACCUCUGCCCCACAGAUGUAGCCCCUCCUUUUCUGCUGCUAGGACACAUGAAGUAGAAAUGAUGUUGCUCAACUGAAUUGGGCCUUGAUUCUACUGAAGAACCACGUCAUGCUGUUGAAGAAGAUGGAUAUGGCCCAGAGCACUUACGCAAUAACAGAUUUUAUCCUUCAGUUUGACAAUUGGUGACAUUCUCAUAACUUCCCUUUUCUGGGCCUUCUCUGUAACCUUAUAUAUUUCUGUACCAAAAUAAAGUUAUACUUCCCUGCAUUAACAA